CGGUCAGCGUCUUCUUCAUAUUUUCUAUUUCUUCAGAUUCCGAAAAGGCCCUUGGAAAUGGCUGCAAUUUACAGCCUCUACAUCAUCAACAAGUCGGGUGGCUUGAUCUUCUACAAGGAUUAUGGAUCUUCUGGACGGAUGGACACAAAUGAUAGCUUGCGGGUGGCGAGCUUAUGGCACUCGAUGCACGCAAUCUCUCAGCAGUUAUCACCGGUUUCAGGUUGUUUGGGGAUUGAGCUUCUUGAAGCCGAUACAUUUGAUCUCCAUUGCUUCCAAUCACUCACCGGGACAAAGUUUUUUGUGGUCUCUGAGCCUGGGACACAACACAUGGAUGGUCUCUUGAAAGUCAUCUAUGAAUUGUACACGGAUUAUGUAUUGAAGAAUCCCUUCUAUGAGAUGGAGAUGCCUAUUCGGUGCGAACUUUUUGAUAUCAACCUAACACAGGCAAUACAGAAGGAUCGUGUUGUUUUGUUGGGCCGAUGAUCUGCUUGGGAACUUGUAUCUGACCUGUUUGUUAUGUGAUCUGCUCAUUAGGAUGUACAUUUUGAGAGAAAUCUUGUUUUAUUGUUGUAUAAGAUACUUUAUUGUUGAUUUGUGUCAACUCUGAUGUUAAAUAUCUGGAUGAUUAAGCAUGUGAGGAAUGAGAAAUUCAACAAUUGAGAGUAUUUUUGAA